AUGCAUCGGCGAUCUGUGGGAGCAACUCAAACAGCCAUAACCAGUCCACCAAUAGUGACCGAGCCUCGCCGUGUCGCGUCAACAAGUCGACUUGGUGCCCUGUUCCGAACGGAUGAAAGCAAAACAAAGGAUGCGAAGCUCCUCGAUGCGUUCAAAGAUUUGACACUUGCUCAAGAGCUGCGAAUAAAAGCAGCCGAGAGCGAACGAAGCGGUGGGAACAAAUUGGCUGAAUGGGCAAAAAAGACACAAAAUAGUGCGAUCAAUGAUGUUGGAGCCAAGACCUCUACCGUUUUACAAAUGCAUAGUGAUGCCACCAUGGAACUUGCUCUACGAAAUCAACGUGCUAUUGGGCAACUUCGAGGCCUUUGUGGACGAGGAAAGGAAUUGGAGGAUAGCGAGAAAGAAUAUCAACGUUUGAAAGAGAAAGAAGCAAAACUCCAAAAGCAGCUCAAUUCACGUCGCGACCGACCACAUGAUCCGCUAGAGGCUCAAAUUUCUGAUGUGAGGCGGCAAAUCAAUUUUACUUGGGAAAACAUUCGUCGUUUGUAUGGAGAUGAAGAAACAAUUCGAAUGAUGAAGCUGCGGCAUGGAUGCAAGGGAAUUGCGGAUGCUGGUAUGACCUACACAACAGCUGCUCGUGCCAUUUUCGCCUGUUUACGAGAGUUGACAGAAACGAUUCCUGGAUUGACAAAUCCCGGAGAAGAAAUCUUUGGAAUGACUUACGAGGGAGCUCCAUUCACCCAAGAGAGAGUCGAACAAUUGAAGGCAUUUUUGAGUACUUUGCAAAACAAUGACAAACUUUGUGUUCAACACGGUCAAGACCGAAGUCAAUUAUUGGGUGGAGUACGUCGAAGAAGUGAGCCAGCUCGUCGCACUGGAGUCUUCGGACCAAAUGCUAGGACGGCAGCACCUUCUCAACAACAUGCCCCUGCUUCUCCUCCACCACCAUACACACCGUCUGCUCCAGCCGGGGAAAUGGAAAGAAGCACGACGAGUACGACGUCGGGAACUUCAUCUUCUCGUUUGCCACAUCUUCAGCCAAUUCCCCUAGCUGCUGCUACGGCGCCAACGAUGACACCAAUUGCAAGGCCAGCACCAAAGAGUCACGCUCCGUACUUGCAGCCGAUUAGGAAUGAGGAUCAUCCUACUGCGUUAGCUCAGUUGGCUUCAUCUAAUGAAAGGCGAAAGGAAAAUCGAAGGUCGUUACCUGCUUGUACCGGAUGCAGUGGAAGGCUCUACCCGGAGUUGCCGCCAAACCCCUACAGAACGCAACAAGAG